AUGGGCUCCCUCGGUCCUCUUCAUGGUAUUAGAGUUUUGGACAUCAGCAGGGUGCUGGCUGGUCCUUAUUGUACAAUGAUUAUGGGUGAUAUGGGAGCUGAAAUAAUCAAACUGGAGAGACCAGGUGCUGGAGAUGAUACUAGAUCAUUUGGUCCACCAUUUUGUGGUAAAGAAACGGCGUAUUUCUUUUCUGUUAACCGAAAUAAAAAGAGUAUAGCUGUAGAUAUGAAACAUAAAGAGGGAGCACAUAUUGUACAGGAGCUGGCGAAGAAGAGUGAUGUAUUGAUAGAGAAUUAUAUACCUGGUAAACUAGGAGAGAUGGGACUAGGAUAUUCACAGAUUAAACAGAUAGCUCCACAGUUAAUAUACUGCUCCAUAUCAGGUUAUGGCCAAACUGGACCUUAUGCACACCGGGCUGGGUAUGACGUGAUAGCAUCUGGAAUUGGUGGACUCAUGCACAUCACUGGACCUCAAGAUGGAGAACCAUGUAAAGUUGGUGUGGCGAUGACAGAUCUGUCUACAGGGUUGUAUGCCUAUGGCUCAAUACUAGCUGCUGUAUUAGAACGACAAAAAACAGGGCGGGGGCAGCAUAUAGACUGUAAUCUGCUGUCAACACAAGUGGCGUCACUAGUCAACAUCAGUUCAAAUUAUCUAAAUGCUGGAAUGGAGGCUAAACGAUAUGGAACAGCACACGAAAGUAUCGUCCCCUAUCAGGCUUUCGAGACGAGUGAUGGGUAUAUUAUAAUAGGAGGUGUCAAUGAUAAUCAGUUUAGAAUAGUCUGUCAGAAAAUAGAAUUAGAAGAAUUAGCCACGGAUCCUAGAUUUAUAACUAAUAAACAACGAGUUGUUAAUAGGAAGGAAUUAUUGGACUUAAUGACUAAUCGUUUUAAAGAAAAAUCAACCAACGAGUGGUUGGAUAUAUUUGAAAAUACUGGUAUACCAUAUGGUCCUAUAAAUAAUAUGCAACAAGUCUUCUCUGAUCCUCAGGUUCUACACAAUAAUAUGAUUCAAGAAUUAGACCAUCCAACAGCUGGAAGAAUCAGAUUACCUGGUCCUGCUGUGAGGUUUAGUGAAAGUAAGACAGUUGACCCGCCACUAUCACCUCCUACCCUAGGUCAACACACUCAAACUGUUUUAUCUGAAAUAUUACACAUGGACCAAGACAAGAUCAUCCAACUUCUACAGGAUCGGGUCAUUCAAUAA